GACAGAGACCCGGAGAAAGGCUCUGGUUUCCGGGUGCAGAGGACCAGGGACUCGGGGCGAUGCAGAGGCCGGAGACCAGCACCGCGGCCCCGGGCUCCAACCCGGGUGUGUAGCCGCUGGAGGAGACGAUGCCUCCGCGGACACACACACACAGGGACACACACGGACACACACUCGACGUCCUGAGCCCGAGCAGCGCUGAUUCCUGCAGGAGCUGGAGCACCAUGCUGCGGGCUCCGGACCCAUGAAGAGUCUCCAGGAGAACCGGGAGGAGGAGGUGGAGGAGCCGGAGGAGAGCCGCCUGAAGAGUCUCCAUGAGAACCGGGAGGUGGAGGAGGAGCAGGAGGAGCAGGAGCCGGAGGAGAGCCGCCUGAAGACGGCCCGGCUGUGGAGGGAUGCCGCCCUGCGCUCCCGGAAGCUGCGGAGCAACAUGCGCCAGCUGACGCUUUGCUCCAAGGAGAACCGGAUCACUCUCCCGGAGGACGUGGCCGAGGUGGAGGCGCUGAACCUGGGCAACAACUCCCUGCAGGAGCUGCCCCUGGAGCUGGCCUCCUGCCUGAACCACCUGCGGGUCCUGGUGCUGCGCAGGAACCGCUUCAGCGCGGUGCCCCGGGUGGUGCUGGAGCUGGUGCAGCUGGUGGAGCUCGACAUGAGCCACAACCUUCUGAGGAGCCUGGGCGAGGGGCUGGGGGAGCUGAGGAGCCUGAAGAAGCUCUGCGUCAGUCACAACAAGAUCCUGCACCUGCCGGACCAGAUCUCCCAGCUCCGGCUUCUGGAGGAGCUGGACAUCAGCUUCAACGACCUGCACGACCUCCCCAGGACCUUCUCCGGUCUCGGCCGGCUGCGGACCCUGGACGCGGAUCACAACAAGCUGAACCAGUUCCCCUCGGAGAUCCUGGCCCUCGGCGAGCUGGAGGAGCUGGACUGCUCCGGGAACAAGUUCCAGGAGCUCCCGGCUGACGUGCUGAAGCUCCGCUCGGUGAAGAUCCUGUGGCUCAGCAGCCUGCACAUGUCCAUGCUCCCUGAGACCUUCUGCCAGCUGGACCACCUGGAGAGCCUGAUGCUGGACGGGAACAACCUGACGCUGCUGCCGCCGUCCUUUGGGAAACUGCAGAGACUCAAGAUGAUCAACUUGUCCUCCAACGAGUUUGAGAACUUCCCGGAGGUCAUUCUAAGCAUCAGAGGACUCGAGGAACUUUACCUGAGCAGGAACAAGCUCACGCACGUUCCCGAGGAGAUCGGCGAGCUGGUGAAGCUGGUGAACCUCUGGCUGGACAACAACAACAUCACGUACCUGCCGGACUCGGUGGUGGAGCUGGAGAAGCUGGAGGAGCUGGUGCUGCAGGGGAACCAGAUCGCCAUUCUUCCAGAUCACUUUGGGAAGCUGUCCAGAGUGAACAUCUGGAAGGUGAAGGACAACCCUCUGAUCCAGCCUCCGUACGAGGUGUGCAUGAAGGGCAUCCCGUACAUCGCAGCCUACCAGAAGGAGCUCGCCCUGUCGCAGCUCGCCGUGAAGCCGCGGCUGAAGCUGGUCCUGAUGGGGACGAAGGACGCCGGGAAGACGUGGCUGAGGCAGAGCGUGGUGGGACAGAGGGACGUCUCCGGCGUCCCGGGACACAAAGGGAUCGGGGUCACGACCUGGGUGGCCGACGCCGACCGCUGCCUCACGUUCCUGGUGUACGAUCUGUCAGGGAAGCAAAACUACGACCUCAUCAAACCCUUCUUCCUGUCGCCCGGCGCUCUCUACGUCCUCGUGGUCAAUCUCCAAUCAUACUCGCCCAAGAACUUCUACGCCCAUGUCGGGUACUUCCUCCACCUGCUCGGCGCCAAGGUGCCGCACGCCGUGGUGUGCGUGGUGGGGACGCACGCAGACGUGUGUGCGGAGGUGGAGCUGGAGGAGAAGAGUCUGGACAUCCACCGACAGAUCGGCCUUCAGGAGCGGAGGGACGUCCAGAGUCUGAGGAGCCUGGCUCUGCAGGUGGACCAGGCGCUGGAGCAGGGCUUCAACGUCCGCCUCUCCAGUCCUCACGUGCUCUUCUACGGCGUCUCGGACCGGAACCUGCGGCGGAGGAAGGCCCAGCUGCAGUUCCUGCUGAACCACCGGCUGCAGAUCCUGUCUCCGGUCCUGAGCGUGAGCUGCACCGAGACCCAGAGGAACGUCCAGAGGCUGAGGGAGAAGCUCAUGUCCGUGGCCGACCACAGGGAGAUCUUCCCCAGCCUGCACCGCGUGCUGCCCAAGUCCUGGCAGAUCCUGGAGGAGCUGCACUUCAAGCCCAAAGACCUGUGGCUGUCGUGGUGGGACUCGGCUCGGCUGGGCCUCCAGGCCGGCCUCACCGAGGACCGGCUGCAGAGCGCCUUGUCCUACCUGCACGAGAGCGGGAAGCUGCUGUACUUCGAGGACAGCCUCACGCUGAAGGAGUACGUCUUCCACAAUCUCCCGCGGUUCAUCGCGAUCCUCAACGUCUUCUUCCACCGGGACGAGUCCACGCUGCUGGACCGCCUCCUGUCCGAGGGCGAGCGGGGGGACAAGGGCCGGGUGAGUCUGGUGACGGAGGACGAGAAGGGCGAGAACCUCAGGGUGACGCACCUGCAGCACCACGUGGAAGGGUUCCUCCAGCACGGCCUGCUGCCCUCCAACGUCAUCCGCCUGCUGCUGCGGCCGCUGAUCCAGACGCAGCAGGACCUGCACCUGAUCAUGGAGCUGCUGGAGAAGAUGGGGAUCUGCUACUGCAUCAACAGGCCGCGCAGCCGGCCGCUCAACGGCGCCACCGCCUGGUACAAGUUCCCCAGCUACGUCAGCAGCGACGAGCCCUGGGCUGAGGCCGAGGCCGGCGGCGGCGGCGGCGCUCUGCCUCACGGACACUUCUUCUCCGUGGAGCAGCUGCACAUCCGGUACAGCUUCCCCUUCCUGUUUCCUCCCGGCCUGUUCGCUCGCUUCAGCGUGCAGAUCAACGGCCACGUGGUGCAGAGGUCGGACGGCCGACACCGGAUCUUCGCCUAUCGAGGAAAAGUCCCCGUGGUCAUCAGCCACCGGCCGUCCAGAGGGAAGCUGCUGGCCGAGACGCUGUCCAUCGCCAGCCACGCCUCCCUGCCCAACAUCUGGACGGCGUGGCAGGCCGUCACGCCGCUGGUGGAGGAGCUGAACGUCCUCCUGCAGGAGUGGCCCGGCCUCCACUACCACGUCCACGUCCUCUGCUCCAAGUGCCUGAAGAGAGGCUCGUCCAGCCCGCACGCCUUCCCAGGUGAGCUGCUGACUCAGCCGCGGCCCGAAGGUCUGACGGAGAUCAUCUGUCCAAAGAACGGCUCUGAGCGCGUGCACGUGGCGCUGGUCUACCCCCCGACCCCCACCGUGGUCAGCCCCUGCCUCAAGUAACCCCCCCCCCCCCCC